GCACUUCUCCGCACGUGACAGACAUGAAGGCUCUCGUUGUUGUUGCACUGGCAGCUGCCGCCGUCGGCCAGCAGUUCCAGCAGCAAAGGCAGUAUGACACUGCCGUCCGCCUUGCUACGCCCGGAUACUUCCAACAAGGCGGAAGCUUCACCUCUCCUUCCUUCCGCAACACAAAUAGCCAACUGCAAGGCGAUUCCUUCCAGAACUCUUUCCAAACUGCCACUUCAGAUAGCAACAGCUUCCGUCAGUCUGGACUCUUCCAGAACAGCAACCAGCUCCAAAGGAAUGCUGACACCAACACCAACCAGUUCCAGACUACUUCAUUCCCGCAGAGUUCCUUCGACUCGAAUGCCUUCCAGCAGAACAGCGGAAGUCCAUUCCAGCAGAACUCAAACGCUCAGUCUGGCAACAGCUUCUUCCAGUCAGGUUCCAAUCAGUUUGGUUCCGACAACCGAUUCCAGACCAACACUAAUCAGAUCAAUUCCGGAAGCAGAUUCCAGUCCAGCUUCGACAACCAAAAUUCCAACAACAGAUUCCAGUCAAGCUUCGACAACCAGAAUUCCAACAACAGAUUCCAGUCCACCUUUGACAACCAGGAUUCCAACAACAGAUUCCAGUCCACCUUCAACAACCAGGAUUCCAACAACAGAUUCCAGUCCACCUUCAACAACCAGAAUUCCAACAACAGAUUCUCUCAGAACUCUCAGUCCAGUUCCUUCCUUCGAUCCGGUUCGUCGUUCGAUUCCUCCACUGACUCCGUCAGCGGAGUCUUCGAGCCUCUGAACCUUCCCUCCGGCGCCAGUGCCUUACUGGGAAGCAUCACCAGCUCCUUCAGCUGCCUCGACCGUCCCUACGGCUACUACGCUGACCAGGACAACUCAUGCCGUGUCUUCCACGUGUGCAACCCAACACUCUUCUCCAACGGCGCCGUCGAAACCUAUCAGUACAGCUUCAUGUGCGGCGAGGGUUCCGUGUUCGACCAGAAGGAGCUGGCUUGCGUAGCGGAGUCGUCCGCCAUCCCCUGCCAGGAAUCCUCCAGCUACUUCUACACCAACGAGCAGUUUGGACGCCCUGAAGAUAAAUCGUUGUAUUAUGAUUAUUUAUUAGUGUGCCCUCUAGACAAGGCUCCUUGGCGAGCAUAUACAGCAUAUGCUGAAAGCCAGACUGACCUGCCCAAGACCUUUGAUCGAGUGUACCGCCCUUCACAGCCGGACUAUAUAAGGACGAGGCAUAGCAGCCAGGUCAUAGUCGGACGCACUUCUCCGCACGUGACAGACAUGAAGGCUCUCGUUGUUGUGGCGUUGGCAGCUGCUGCCGUCGGCCAGCAGUUCCAGCAGCAAAGGCAAUAUGACACUGCCGUCCGCCUUGCCACGCCCGGAUACUUCCAACAAGGCGGAAGCUUCACCUCUCCUUCCUUCCGCAACACGAAUGGCCAACUGCAAGGCGAUUCCUUCCAGAACUCUUUCCAAACUGCCACUUCAGACAGCAACAGCUUCCGUCAGUCUGGACUCUUCCAGAACAGCAACCAGCUCCAAAGGAAUGCUGACACCAACACCAACCAGUUCCAGACUACUUCAUUCCAGCAGAGCUCCUUCGACUCGAAUGCCUUCCAGCAGAACAGCGGAAGUCCAUUCCAGCAGAACUCAAACAUUCCAAUCCAACUUCGACAACCAGGAUUCCAACAACCGAUUCCGUCCACCUUUGACAACCAGGAUUCCACCAGAUUCCAGUCAAACUUCGACAACCAGAAUUCCAACAACAGAUUCCAGUCCACCUUCAACAACCAGGAUUCCAACCGAUUCCAAUCCACCUUUAACAACCAAGAUUCCAGCAACCGCUUCUCUCAGAACUCUCAGUCCAGUUCCUUCCUUCGAUCCAGUUCGUCAUUCGAUUCCUCCAGUGACUCCGUCAGCGGAGUCUUCGAGCCUCUGAACCUUCCCUCCGGCGCCAGUGCCUUACUGGGAAGCAUCACCAGCUCCUUCAGCUGCCUCGACCGUCCCUACGGCUACUACGCUGACCAGGACAACUCAUGCCGUGUCUUCCACGUGUGCAACCCAACACUCUUCUCCAACGGCGCCGUCGAAACCUAUCAGUACAGCUUCAUGUGCGGCGAGGGUUCCGUGUUCAACCAGAAGGAGCUGGCUUGUGUAGCGGAGUCGUCCGCCAUCCCCUGCCAGGAAUCCUCCAGCUACUUCUACACCAACGAGCAGUUUGGACGCCCUGAAGAUAAAUCGUUUUAAGUGAUCAACGACUGGCCUUUACAAAAACGGAUUAU